AUGCCUUGGCAAAAGACUUUUACGCUCGCUUCAAGAGGCAAAGGCUGCCACUUGGUCACCUCGGAGGUGGUCAAACAGAUCGAUGAGGGUCUCAGGAAGACGGACAUCGGGAUCUUGAAUUUGUUGUGAGUGUUGGAAAGCAUGAGCAUCGAGUGGAAAGGAAGCAGGAUGUCAAAUGGCAAACACUGCAGGUAGUAGCCAAAGGCACACUUUAGAGCUUGAGGGACCAGGCUUCCCGCGGUCCUCCUGGAGCGGAUGUCCCGGGUGAAAGGGCUCGGACGAGAAUCACAUAUGCGGGCGAACUCCGAAGGCAGGGAGACCAGCCUGCUUCGGAAGAGGGAGGGGGCGCUUGUGCCCGUGAUUGCAGCGCCGCCAACAGCGGCCAGAGCGCCAAACAUCGAUGAUGAAAGGACCUUCACACGAGCGGUGGUAGCCGGCUAUGGGUAAGGAAGAAUCAGUUCAGGGGGUCAAGGGAUGAUCCUACAGAAUGCUGUUGUCGCUCCACGAUUGCAACAAGACUUGGUUCUGAUGUAUCGCUUCGCUUUCCCGUCUUUACAGCAUACAGCACACUUCUGCCGGCUUGUCUCUGAACGAGAACUUUGAUUCAGACGUACGAAAGGACAUGGAAAUGGUGUUUGUGAGUAACCAACACCUCUUCGUGCACAGUCAGUUGUGACGUCAAGCUGACAUGCACUUCAACUUUCGACUUCAGGACCACCUUGUGCCCCAAUCCUUGCCGUACAGGCACACUGACGAGGGACCGGAUGACUCGCAAUCGCACAGUCAGUCGGUUCUUGCAGGUAGCAGCAUCUCCAUUCCGAUCUCGCACGGCAAGCUUGCCACGGGUACCUGGCAGGGCAUCUAUUUGAUGGAGUUCAGAGCUGCAAAGCAUAGCAGAAACAUUGUGGCUACCAUCAUUCCAUAG